GGUCAGUGGAGUGGAGUAAUCUUUGACACCAAGGUUUAUUAACAGGAAAAUAAACGAAAGAAGUUCGGUGGACAUUUAAUGUUUCAUCUACUUAAUUAAAUAUCUGCGCGCUAGGUUAGAUGUGGGAAGACAGUCCUGUACUCUCAAGAUGACAUCUAAUUUGACCUUCAGUGAAACAGGGCUUUGUCUAGUUUGUAAUAAAGACACAUCAUAUGGCAAUGCUGUCAACAUCUACUCAGGUUUAACAAAGAGAAAUGGCAGUAUACAUGACCAGAUAUCUGAUAUUGUGGGCACUAAAGACAUUACUGAGGCAUGUGAAGUAUCAGAAGUUAUAUGUCAUAUUUGUCUGAAAUUGUUACUCGGCAUUAAUCACGUUGAGUCAGAGUUGAAACAUUUAAAAUUAGAAUUCCAGACCAUAUUUCAGUCAGGUGUUCAGUCAAGAAAAGCAAAUACAGUGAAAUGUGUUGGUUAUUCAGAAAUCAAAUAUGAUGAACCUCCCAGGAGUGAGGUUGAAAGUAAAGAUGAAAAAAUCUCCAUAGAUUGUGAUGUUAAUGAGAGAGAUUUUAGGACGUGCAUAUUGAAAGCUGGUGAGGACUGCAUAUAUGAUGCAAAUAUUGUUGUUAGCAAUAUUAAAGAAUCAUUUCAUGUUGAACAAUCUUCAAUCAGUGAAAAAGAAUCCAUCAGUUUAGAAGAUAAUACUCAGGAAAAUAUAACGCAUAGCAAGCAGUGUGAUUUUAUCCAGGUAACACAAGAAAAUGAGGAUGAACUACAGAAGGAAUUUAGCCAUGCAUUGGAUUUUGUAAAGGAAAGUGUAAAGAAACAUGAGAUUAAUUGUAGUACUUCAGAUUCAGAUCAGAAAGGAGAUAACCACAGAACAGUAGACCUGUCUAAUAUUCCAGGAAAUUUAAAUGACCUGCCUACUUCCCCUAAUGAAGCUGAAGAUGGUUUAGAAGGAAACCUUAGCUUUGACUUUGAGAAUUUUGAGACCCGUCUUUGUUCCACUGACACAAGUGAAGAUAAUACCAAGAAAACUGCAAAUGCAGGGCCAAAGAAACCUAGGAGAAAAUCAAACAGUGCAGGUAAACCAGUAAAGAGAAAAAAAGUACUGAAAGAUGGAAAAGCUUUACCUGAUGCUGGAGAGGCUCCUUCCAAAUCCUUCGGCAAAGUUGAGGGUUGGAAUGUGGAUGAAGAACGUCAUGAGGAAUACAAACAUGAUGAAAACAGAAGAAAGUCCAGCAGAUUAGGCAGAGAAAAUUCUUAUGAUCUAUGCAAUCAAGUACUCGACAGUUCACCAGAGACUGUAGAACACAGAGUGAUGAAUGGAGAUACAUAUAAAUAUGUUUGUGAUCAAUGCCCCAAUGUUCGUUACAGACAUAAAGCAAAACUUACACAACAUUUCAAACUACGUCAUAAGUAUCAUGUUCAUCAGUGUCCUGGUUGUGAUACUGAGGAGACAAGUCAAAACUCACUGGAUCAGCACAUCAUUAAUAAACAUCCUGACUCUCGCUUUUUUGAGUGUAAGUAUUGCCACAAAGCUUUCAGGACGUAUCGUUACUUACAUUUUGUACAUAUUAAAAGAUGCCACAUUGGUCUCCCUGUUAAAUAUUUUUGUGAUAGGUGCCCAAAGGGAUUUGUAGACAAGUCAUCCCUAGAUAAUCACAAGUACACUCACUCUGAUGUCAAGAAUUUUUCAUGUAAAUUUUGUGGCGCCAUGUUCCAUACCCCAUACAGCUUGAAAGUCCAUGUUAACAUCCACACACAAGAGAAAAAAUAUACUUGUCCAAUAUGUGGUACAUCUUUUCUUCGUCUGUGCAAUCUUAUUGGUCAUAAGAAACGUGCGCAUCAUUCUCGGGAGAAAAGAUAUGUGUGUGAAAUUUGUGGUACUCAGUUACAUACAAACAAGGAUCUUGUUAAACAUCAGGAUACUUGUCAUAAUAAAGGUAAACCUUUUCCUAGUGACAAAUGUGAUAAAAAUUUCUCUAAUAACAAAAUUUGUAAAUCUCAUCUAAGUGAUCAUUUACAAGAUGAACCUUUCAAGUGCCAUUGUGGAAAGGCCUAUAUGAAUAGAUCUCUUUUGCAACAUCACUGUAAAGUUGUACACAGAAUGGAACCUGGUCGGAACGUUACAGUAAGCAAUGGUGUUGUAGACACGAAGGGUGAUGAUGAAAAAAAUGAAGAGAACAUGGUAGUGAUUACUGUUAAGGAAUGUAGCCCCCCUGCAUUGUAUAGAGUGCAGACAGCCCCUUCACAUGAGAUUUUUAUUAGUGGUGAAAUCCCUGUUUCACAUGUGGACAGCAAUGCUUUGACUAAAACUUUGACAACAGGCCAAAGUGUUGAGCUUCCUUUGCUUCAUUCUCCAUUUGGGGCAUUAGGAACAGAUAGAGUAAGUUUGAGUGCUCCUAUACUUUUCACAUCGCUUACCACAAAUCCAUCAGUUGCAGUCCAUCAUGCACAAGAUACAAUAUCACAAGGAAUACUCCCUUCAAAAUUAGAUCCCUCCAUGUCUCACAUAACUAGUGGAGUUCAGGAAGAUUUUUCUUACCAUGCUGGCUCUACUGCCACAACAGCUGACGCAGAGGACCAAGAUCCCCUGCAAGUCUUGCAAGAAGAGACUCGAGAAUCUCAAGCAGCAAAUCCUUUGGCAACUGAACUUUUAGAGCUGCCUGGUGUACAUGCAGGCAAUCCUAAUGAUGUUCCAGUUACUUACAUUACAGCCUGGCCUUAAAAUGAUAACACUGUUUUGUUGUAGUCAUGUGUAAUUACCUGAUGUAAAUAAUAUACGCAUAAUCAAUAUUGCUAUUUCAUAAGUUUCUUGAUAAUGUAAUUUCUGGUCACAAAAAUAAUUCUCAAAAGUGCUUCUUGGUGUUUUGAAUGCUUUGGAGUUGGUAUUACUUUUUGUUGAUUGCAAACAAGGAAAUGUAACCUUCAGAUAUAGUACUAUUUGCAUAAAAUUGAGCAAUUGAAAACCCACUGUACAGUGAUGGAGUGUAGAUGUGUUGCUGAAUAACAUCAGGGAAGGGGAGAAUUAUAUCACAAUCCUCAUAUUUUUGUUUUCCAAGAAAAAGUUAAUUGAGUGAUUACUGUGAUAUGAUUUUUAAAACAGAUCAGUAUUUUAAUAUAUGAGGGUUGACCAUAAAAUAAGGUUACGCGGGAUCCGGCAGCACUGGCGUGUAGCUUGGUUUCCCCUCUCCCAGUCCCCCCCCUGCCGAGCUGUCUGCGACGCUCAGCCUUGGCUUGGCAGCUGUUAGAGAUGGAGCUCCCACUCGCUUCUCCCGCCAGGUUUGAAUUAUGCUCUGUGAUUAGUUUUUUGUGUGCAAAAAACACUAUGCCGGUGGACAUUAAUUCCCAACUGUGUGGCCGGUGGACAUUAAUUCCCAACUGUGUGAAGUCUACGGAGGAAAGUGUAUGAGCGUACAAGAUGUGCAAAAAUGGUGCAGAGAAUUUAAAGACAGACAUACAGACGUCCAUGACAUUUCAAAACAGGAGAGGGGCUGAAAGAAGAGGUUUUAAGCUACCUUUGCGGCAUGGCGGGAGAGUUCUACGAUUCAGGCAUAAAGAAGAUGGUACACCGCAUGCAAAAAUACAUUGAUCUCAAAGGCGAUUAUGUUGAAAAAUAGGAAAAAGUCUAAGCUUUCCAAAAAUGUAUUAUUCAAUGCCAAUAAACAUUUUUUCAGUGUGAAAAAUCUUUGGGAACCAUAUUUUACAGACAACCCUCGUACUAUCAUCAUAACUAAGUUUGACAUACAAUAACGAAACCUCUUAUUUCACAUAUCACUUGCUGUGUAAUCAGUUAUUAAGAAUGUUAUUCUUGAAAAAUGAAGAGACUACAUCAUUGCCCCAAGUGAAACUUCUUCAGCCGGGGGAGACCCUUACUCACUACGUCAUCAUGCACUAUCUCUUUGCAUGGCUAGCCACUGACCAGAUGUAGCUCUUGUAUGUACCUGUGCAAUAUUCAUACCUUUUCCCCUUUAUUUCACUAAAACUCUCCUUGAAGUUAAGUGGAUAUGCCUUUCAAUACUUUCUUUCUUUAGUGGAAGGAGUAAUUUUUAAUUUGUUAACAUUCAGGCACGUGAAAAGAUCCAGUGUUGGUUGCACCUCUGAGCUUUGGUUUUGGUUUCAGUAUCAUCAGGCAAAUUGUAUUUUGAUAUGAAACCUUGUAGAUGAAUGGACAAGGUUUUAUGCACAAUGUUACCAGUUAAUUAGGAGGACUCUUUAUGUAUAUAUUCAACACACCAAUAUAUGUUGUCAUUGUUAGUUGCCAUGAUAGGAAGAGAGAGAAAAGGUAUUACAGUGGUCCCCCCCAUAUUUGCGGGGGAUGCGUACCAGAACUUGGAACCCCUAUAAAAAUGCUUAAAACCUCCUAUUUUGGUACUUUAAUUAAAACUAAAAAAAAAAAACUAAAAUUUUGAUACUUUUUUUUAAUACCUAGUUUUAUCAGAAAAAGUGCAUUUUAUGAUGAAAUUGAUUAAAAAAACAUCAAUUUGUGGAUAUUUCUCAUAGAAAAAUACAGCGAAUAUCUGAAUUUCCUGCGAAUAAUGCGAGGAAACGUUCCAGAGAGAAAUCCGUGAAUGUGAGAGUCCGCGAAUCCGGAGAACGCGAAUAUUGGGGGUCCACUGUACAUCUCAAAUAUGCAACUCCUGUAGGUGGUAGGGUUAGAAUUUCAUCUGUUGUAAGUACGUAUUGCCAGUUGAGAUUUCUGUUAUAAGAAUAACACCUAAACUUAUCAGAAUUCUGUACAUGUUAGCUACAUUAAAUUAAUGAUGAUUUUAUUGUCAGCCUUCCAUUUUAAACGAGAUACAUUUUUAGACAAAUCUCUGAAACUAAAUGUUUAGUUUUAGAGUAAGGCUAAGAAAUACAGUAAGUCCUCGGGUUAC